AUGUCCUACCAACGCAUCAACUUCGAAGACUUCAACGCCUCUCCUCUUUCCAAGUACACCGAUCUUGCCAGCUCUGCUCUUGGUACCACCAUCGUUGAGGUCACCAAUGAGUUCUUUGCUCCCGCUACCAACAUGAUCAACCCCAAGCCCCCUGUUCAUGCUCCCGGCAAGUUUGUUGCCACCGGUGCCUGGAUGGAUGGCUGGGAAACCAAGCGCCACAACCCCACCUACGACUGGGCUGUCCUUAAGCUUGGCUUCUCUGGUUCUUUCCGUGGUUUCGAUAUCGAUACCCACUACUUCACUGGUAACCAAGCUCCUGCUGCCUCUGUUGAAGCUUGCUUCUGCCCCUGCGGUAACCUUGAGAAGGCUGAAUGGAAGGAAAUCCUCCCCAAGGUUGAGCUUCCUCCCUCUUGCCACAACGUCUUCGUCCUUGAAAAGGAUACCGAAGUUUUCACUCACUUGCGUUUGAACAACAUCCCUGAUGGUGGUAUCGCUCGUUUCCGUGCCUACGGUCAAGUUAACCCCAUCUGGUCCGACAACAAGGAUGAGGUCAUUGAUCUUGCCUUCGUUGGUAACGGUGGUCGUCGUGUCUUCUGCUCCAACGAACAUUACACUCCCUCCAGCAACCUCUUGCUUCCUGGUCGUGGUGGUAACAUGGGUGAUGGUUGGGAAACCAAGCGUUCCCGCACUCCUGGUCACACCGAUUACGCUAUCAUCAAGCUCGGUGAUAAGGGUCACAUUUUCAAGGCUGAGAUUGAUACCUCCCACUACUGUGGUAACUACCCCGCUCAAAUCAAGCUUGAAGCUACCAACGUUGCCGAUGAGGUCCCUGCUGACAACGCUGAGUGGACUACUAUUGUUGAGCCUUCCACUGUUGGUGCUCACAGCCUCUUCUACUUCGACACUGCUCAACCCGAGAAGGUCUGGUCCCACGUCAAGUUCUCUCUCAUCCCCGAUGGUGGUGCUAAGCGUGUUCGUCUCUAUGGUGUCCGUGAAGGUGGCAAGAUUCCUCAACUUCCUAUCCCCAACCCCGAAGCCCAAGUCCUCAUUGACAACCUCGCUGAAGACUAA